AUGCCCAGUCCUCCUUUGGUUCGUGACGCCCGCCCUUCUCCAAAACAUGUCAAUUAUGACGAGGAGGAUGAUACCUCCAAUAGCGAUGACGUAAAGGUGAAUCUCGAAGGGUCCCAAGAGAACUCGGGGAGCAGCAAAGAUGAGCAACGAAAGGAACCUCGGACGAGGACCGAAGAUGAAUCAAGCCCGGCCUUUGACAUCGAAGCAAAGCCGACCGGCAAUGAACCUUCCCCCCCAAGCGGUGGGCUAGUUUUGGGCGGAGGACAAUCUAUCAAACUCAUGCUCGUACCGGACAAGCCGCCAACACCUCCACCACCUCCGGCCAAAAAGGAGAAGCCUCAUCCCCAGGCUAAGAUGAAAAAGUUUUGGACCAACUUUGACCCUGAAUACACCGGCAAGAUCACUAGAGUUCUGCCCGGACGUAUAACCGACCGAGACAAAGUGGCGGCGAAAUUGGCCGGUGAAACAGGACACCGAGCCAUUCAGUCUUAUGAGAACGCAAAGGAAAGCUGCAUUCGAGAUGUAAAGCGCAUCAUCAAGGAAUGUCGGGGCUCGAACCAAAAGUACACGGAUUCUCAUUGGGAUAUUGAAAGAGACCUCAAGAUCACACGAAUUCGAGACUGUCUCGAUGGCCUGAUAGUCGACGAGGACGACAAGGAGUAUCCUGCGGAUGCAAAGCGAGUGACCGACAUAUUCGAGAACCCAAAGUUCUACGUGGAUGGUGUCUCGUAUGACGAUAUCUUGCAAGGUUCCGCAGGAGACUGCUGGUUUCUUGCUGCCAUCUCUGCGUUGACUUGCAACCAAAACUUCAUCGACAGGGUCUGCGUGAUUCAAGACCAAGCCGUGGGCGUUUACGGCUUUGUCUUUCACCGUGACGGAGAAUGGCAUCAGUGUAUAAUCGACGACAAGCUGUACCUUCGGGCUCCUGCGUACGACGAAAGCGGCGACGUCGUGCUCAGCCAGUACGGUGUCCGCCGCUCGAAUCAAGAGGGACAAUAUCAGGAACUUUUCCAACGGGGUUCCCAAGCGUUGUACUUUGCGCAAUGCCGAGACCAGAACGAAACUUGGGUGAGCCUUCUCGAGAAGGCCUACGCAAAAGCACAUGGUGACUACGCAUCAAUCUCCGGUGGUCAAACAGGCGAAGCAAUCGAAGACCUAACAGGCGGAGUGACCACGGAAAUCUACACGACCAACAUCCUCGACCCAGACGAAUUCUGGAAGAACGAACUCAGUCGGAUCGGGAAGGACUUUGUGUUUUCCUGUGCGGCAGCUCGCUGGCGAGAAUGGCGACCUUACCUGGCCGCGAACGAGAAGGUCCGCGAAGAACGCCGCGCCGGGAUCAUCAGCCAGCAUGCCUACGCCGUGCUCGAGACAUAUGAAGGCCACGGCCAACGACUAGUCAAGAUCCGAAAUCCAUGGGGCCGCAAAGAAUGGACAGGGGCAUGGAGCGACGGAUCUAUAGAGUGGGACGCCGAGUGGUUGACACGAUUGAACCACCAGUUCGGCGACGACGGCAUCUUCUGGAUGACAUACAAGGACAUGCUGAACAAGUACAAAUACAUUGACCGAACUCGUAUCUUUGGGCCGGACUGGCACAUCGCACAACAGUGGAUGACCGUCCAAGUCCCCUGGAGCACGCUCGACUACCAGCAAAACUACUUCUCUAUCGAUGUGCCAGACGACACCGAGGCUGUCAUCGUACUCUCGCAGCUCGACGAUCGUUAUUUCAAGGGCCUACAGGGCAAGUACAACUUCACCCUGCAGUUCCGGGUGCAGAAGGACGGGGGGGACGAAGACGAAUAUCUAGCUCGCAGCAAGCUGAACUACGAGCUGGUGCGGUCCGUCAAUGUCGAGGCUCGGCUUGCCAAAGGCACGUACACGGUGCUAGUAAAGGUGGAAGCAACGGCCAGUGGACGCGACGACGUGGAGAAGGUGAUUCGGAACAACAUCUCGCGUCGUGAUAAGAUCACGCAGAUCGGGAAACUGUACGAUCUAGCACACCAAAAGGGCCAAAUGCCUUUGUCGUCGGCAGCUUCCUCAGCUUCCGCCUCAGGCAUCUCCACUCCCGCAAGCGGUGGCAGUGCUCCCAGACCUGCUGAGCCCACCACAUCUGAGGCACCCGCGCAGGACUCAGACGAAGCCGACCCGCAGCGUAACCCGUGGAAUGCCUGCUGCAUCGUCGGUUUGCGCGUAUACAGCAAGCAAGCAGACCUAGGAUUGAAGGUGGUGGUUCCAUCGAAAGAGGAAAUCGAUGAGACCGUCAAACCGACGCUAGACCGCGACGACGUGGCGAAGAGCGCACUAGAUGAGGCCCAAGCUACGGCAGGGAGGGCCGACGAUGUCGAUGGCAACAGCAAUGCCAAUACUAUGGAGGAGGGGAAGGAAGACGAAGUAGAGAAAAACGACGAAAAGGCUCUAGAACAAAAUGAGACUGAAACACUGCAAGGGAAAGAAAUGGAGACAGUGUAG